UGGGUACAGUCUGUGAUGAGUUUCCCAGUUGAUGAAGUGCCAGAUUUUGCAACCAUCGAUCCUGGUUUCCAGCAAUGAACUAUUUUGGUGCCAUGGAGAAAUUUCCUAAGCCUGUCAGCAGAUAUAAAUACUCCCAGCCUGUAAAUGCACUUCAUACUCCAGAGGAAUCAUCAAAUCUAUUUAGCCGCAGCAAAUUAAUACCUUCUACAAGAUGUGGUGAGUAGAAACUGUUUUACAAACGAUUACAAACUAUAAAGCUGAGAAUAAUUCUGCAUAAUCAUUUUUGCCCUGAUGUUGAUGUUCUAGAUUAAUAUCACACCACAGUAUAUGUUUAAUAAGCUUUCUAACUUGGUGAAUUAACAGUCGUUCUGUUGUUUCUUAAAGGAUUUCUUCAGUCGUGCUUCUCCUGGCUUCAUGGGCCAGUCUGGCUGAUUUCACUAAUGCUGAGGAAACGAUGAAACACUCCGCAUCAGGUAACGCACAAACAUGGAGUUAAAUGUGCCAAUGUACUGUAGACAUGCCUUCACUGAUACAUGAAAUUUCUCAUGUAGGUUUGGCAACAUCAAACCUAUGUAUAUCAAUAUUUGCAUUAGAGAAGUAAUUAUAAUUUUAGUCAUGUGGAUCAAAACACGGAGAGUGGGUGGACUCCUGUCUUUGGAUGGUGAUGAAUUAAUCAGAGGCUCAUGUUCCUCAGCAGCAGGAGAGUAUCAUGUUUAGACAACAAGGCUUUGUUUAAAGCAGAUCUUUGGCAGUGAUCAUGACUGCACAUUACUGAUUUCUAGAAGAUCAUAAUUUAUUCAGUCUGGUGACCACUUGAGAGAGAAAUCGAGAGGAUGAGAAACUGUGUUCACAGUAUUGACCAUGUGAAGGUAAUUUACUCAAACUGGAGAAGUGUUAUUGAUAUCUCAGCUCAAUAGCAACCAAAAAAAGGGAAGGUCAGUCGCAACUUUAAUGAGCUUAAGAAACAUUUGGAUGCAAACUCUAAAAAAUGCAGGACAAAAUAUAAAUAGUUAAUGACAAGAAAGACAUCAGCACCCAAACAGUUAUGGAGGACAAAUUUACUCAAAGAAAGGAAACCAUCUGAAUGAACCCAGGCUAAGAUUUGUGCGUCACACAUUAACACAGCAAGCACAUUUCAGAAGGGACAAGGUUAAAAAAGAUGAUUUUUUUUCUAGUUCUCUCUUUGUGCAUUUUAUAGUAACAUUUUUAGUGCUGAGAAAUAUUAAUUUGACUUGUAGAAAAAUAGUAUGAAGGGAAAGAAGAAACAAGUAAAAAUGCCUGUUUUUUACUGUCUUAAACAAAAACAUCAUUGUUAGAGUCACAGGAAUAAUGUGUGACACUCAUGCAAAAACUUUCCCUUGUGGGACGCCCUUAUCAAACCUUUUCUGUCUCCAUCUGAAGCUGAAGGAGUCUGAACUUUAAGAAAAGACCUGAUUUGAACAGUAUAAAAGUAUUUUCUUCAGCUUUUUUUGUGUUGACCUCACUUCUUCAUUUAUAUUUUGCAACAUAAGACAACAAUUUUUGGGACAAACAUGUAAAAAUGAAUCAAUUGGUGUCUGUAUUUGUGUCUCAGCCACCAGGUUGGCAUCACUCCGGUCCAGACGAAUGGUUGCGGCAACUCUGGCCCCUAACGUCCCCUGGCAGGCCAUGGUCUAUCUGUCUGACAGUGUGAUGACCGGAGGUUAUGCAGGGGGUGCCCUGAUCUCCGAUCGCUGGGUUUUGACAGCUGGCAGGAAUCUCUUUGUCAGAAAGACCAGACAGGAUACCCGGGGCCAAAGUCCUCUAAUUCCUAAAGUCUACCUGGGAAUCACUGGGCGCCCAGAAGCAGUUGAGUCCAAAGAGGUCGCUGUGCAGAAGGUGAGCAAGAUAAACAGUUUGUCAAAAAAUGUUAACCUGUAUCAACCUCACAACCUCUCUUCUGAGUGACACAAAGAAGGUGAAAUACUUGCAGGAUGUAGUCAUGCAUGAAUAAUUUGAUUUUCAAAUGAGAGUUUCUCUCUCCAUUUUUCCUGCAGGUUGUUCUUCAUCCAGGCUUUCAGAACCACACCGACUGGGACAACGACCUGGCUCUGAUCCAGCUGAAGGAGCCUGUAGUUAUGAGUGACAAAGUGACCCCCAUCCCCCUUCCCGAGAGAGGCCAGCGUAUACCAAACGGAGGGGUCAUCGCAGGCUGGGGUUGGGGGACCGACUUCACCCUUGCUACAUCACUCAAACACCUCGUCCUUCCACUGGCAGCUAACUCAUUCUGUCACGAUGCAUACGCGGGCAAUUUACUCUCACCGACUGUCGAUGACAACAUGAUUUGCACCAGUGGUCUCCAGUUUGGAUCAAACGUUUGUUUCGGUGACGCAGGAGGUGCUUUGGUGGUUGAGGAUCCAAACACCCAGGAAAUUUUUGCUGCUGGGAUCUUGUCCUAUGACAAGCCCUGUAGAAGGGACACAUAUGCGGUCUACAUGAAAAUAUCUGCAUAUUUGCCCUGGAUCCACAGUGUCAUCAGAGGAGAUACAGAAACAUCUGCUGCUGUGCGCUCUCAGGCAGUGACCAAGAUGAUCUCAUUACAGAGGGGCUUUUAAUCUGUGAUUGAAUUAUAAAUAAGCUCAUGUAAAAACCAUACAUGUUACAUCAGUGAAUUUUUAUUAAAAUCUUUUCAUGUGGUUACUGCUGUGUUCUGUCAAUUCAUUGUUUUGGUUUUAAAGGAAAUCAGUCCUUUAAUAAUAGUAAAUACAUUCUGAUAACUGAAAAUUUUCCAUGACACACAGAAAUCCAAGAAUUUACCAUCAACAGUUGGGAAAAAAAAGUUAGUUCCCAGGAUAUUGGUCAACAAGUUGUUGUACUUUGGCAGAACAUACCCACAUAUAACUUUAUUAGAAAGUUUCAAAUGAUAGUUUCAGAAGUUUUAUGAUCUAUGAUAUUCUGUAUUCUAAUUGACAUGUGUUAUUGUCUAUUUCGGACACACACAAGGCACCUUGUAUAUACAUGGUUCUUUAUUCCCAAAUAUAAAGCACCAGUAAACUGGAUGAACAAAUGUUCUGCAUGAUUAGAGAGGUAAACAGGUUUAAUAGUCUGGAGGACACAGACAGGUGACAAAUAAAAGGGAUCACCUGAGUUAAUGAGGGGAUGAAUAAUAUGAACUCCUUUAGCAUUCAUGUUAAAUAUAUCUCAUGAGUUAGAAUAAAAGUGUCGGUGCCCAUCAUCAUCAUCUCAGUUUUCUCUUGAGCCUUCAUUAUACAUCUUGGAGCAGAGACUAAACAGUCCCCUGAAGCUGGUUUCUUAGUGUCCCAAUGGUUCCCGACCUUUGCAGUGUGGACAAGAAAAGGACACAAGGUUCUUUUGAAUUGGUGUUUUUGAAGCUGUUCUUGGCUUCUUUCAAGUCGAGUCACGCAGACAGACUGUCCUGUUCCUGAGCUGGAGCAUGGCUAACCCUCACCUUGGCCGUGAGCAUAGAGGUGAAAUGUUUAGAAUGUUUAAGUGUGAUGGAAAUCUGGAGCUGUGUUGGGAGAUGUUUAAUAGGAACCUUUCAUGAGUAUUUAAAGACUUCUUUGCAUAUCGGCAGGUCAGCAGGUUAGAGGGGCGUGUAUUGAUCCAAAUCCCUGUUUAGCUGGGGGACAAAUCAUGACUAGGAUUGCUGUGGUUAACUGCAUCAACUCCAGAUAUUACAUAGGCUUCAAUGAUCUGCAUUUAUUAGUCACGGACUAUAGGGUGAAGGACAUUUAAGUAAGUAAAUUUUAUUUAUAUAGUACUUUCCAUAGAUAAAAUCACAAAGUUCUUUACAACAAGGAUGAAAUGCAAUAGAAUACAGAGAAGCACAAUACAUAUAAUGGCACAGAUACAAGGACUUCACAGAGGCCCAACACCGUCCACAUCAGUUAAAAGCCUGUCUAAAAAGAUAGAUUUAAGUUCUUUCUUAAAACUUUCAGUAGACUCUCUGCUACGUAAGGUCAAUGGUGGUGCAUUUCAGAGGCGAGGGACACUGGCCUGGAAAGAGAAGUCAACUUGUGUUUUAAAACGGGUGCGAGGGACCAUCAAGAGUUUGUGGUCUGAUGACCUUAAUGAACAUGAGGAGGAAUAGGGUCUCAGUAGCUCAGUGAUGAACGAAGGAGCUUGAUCAUGGAGGGCUCCAAAAGAAAGAACUAAAGUCUUAAAAUGAAUCCUAAAAUUAACUGGUAACC